AGCUUUCAAAUUCUAGCCUAAAAAAAAUCUGGGAAAGGGAGGAAGCGGUCAUCCCCAGCGCCCUCCCCCUUCCAAAGCCAAUGUUGAUAUGAAAACUAUCAAGUCAUUUGAGCUAGGCCAAUGGCACCCAUCCACACCUCUAUGUUUGAUGAAUCUGGUAACCUGAAAACACCAACAAACAAAUAUGUUUUGAACACCAAAACUGGAAGAAAAAAUAUCAAUGAAGUAUAUGACGACACUAGUGUCUUAAUCCUAUUGCUUCACUACUAUGAAAAACACCAUCUAAUUGCUUAUGUUACGAUGGAGUCUGUGUCAACUUCCAACAAAAAUGUCACCUCACAACUUCUUGCUGCCCGCAGCCUGAAAGACUGUGACACAACAUCUAGUCUUUACCACAUAGGCAAGACUAAAGCAGUUAACACCAGACUUGAAAUGCUCCUUUAAGUUGGAUUGGAGAAGACCACAUACCAAUAUCUGAUGUAAAGACACAGGCUACUAAAUUCACAGCAGCAUGUUAUGGUAUCAAUCCAGUCAUCUGAUGUUAGAUUUGCUGUGUGGACCAAGAGAAAUGCUGCCAGAACUGCAAUCAUUGCCACCUUCAAACAAGGCCUUUGAGGAAACAUGCUCAUCUACAAACAUCCCUGUGUAAACAUGCAGCCCAACCCGUACCUCCUAAGUUGCAACCACCGGAGUAUGGCUGGCAAAUGGAUAUUGUCAACAACAUGUUAGUGUCAUUUAAACUUCCACCAAAUUUU